ACGUAGACUGAAACUCAUCACUUCGUUAGCCUACCCUCGCUCCCAUGCUCUGCGAUCAAUCACCGGUCAAGCGUAGCACUAUCAAGGUCCUCAAGAGCGGAGAGAGAGUCAUCUUGUCUCCUCAGGUCACGGUUCAAAGGUAUCUCCUCGUCUUUUAUUGGGCAAUCAAUGUUGGAGCGUUCUUCGGGCUCGCCACCAGCUAUGCAGCGUACAAUGUUGGAUUUUGGCUCGCUUUCCUCACUCCCGGAAUCUUCUACAUGUUGAUGCCCCUCGUGCUCUGGGUAUGCUACAAGCGCUUAGUACGCUUCGCUCCGCAAGGAUCCGUCGUUCUAGAAGCUUUCAAAGCUUGCCGAUCCCUCUUCAAGGAUGGCAACAGCGCCAACCUGUUCAAAAGAGGCAACGCUUUCUGGGAGAAUGCUCGGCCCAGUGCCAUCGCCAGCCGUGGGGGAGACCUCUCCGGUGUCACUUGGGACGACAAGUUUAUCGAUGAUCUGCAACGGACCAUGGCCGCGUGCAAAGUCUUUCUACUUAUUCCCAUCUUCAACUUGGCAAACAGCGGGCUCGGGAACUCUGUCAACGCCAUGAGCUCGGCCAUGACUCUCGGAGGGGUUCCUAACGAUCUGAUCCAAAAUUGGAAUGCUCUUACUAUUGUCUGCUGCGCGCCUCUUAUCAAUUACGGACUUUAUCCUGCAUUCUCAAAGAUGGGCUAUCCCAUUUCGCCCAUGUGGAGGAUGACCAUCGGUUUCACUCUCGGAGGCCUCAACAUGAUCUACGGAGGUGUCCUACAAACGCGAGUUUUCCUUGCGGCAAGUAUGCAACCUGUGACCGAAUGUGCCCUGGGUGUGUCUCCCAUUUCGCUCUGGCUUCAAGUGCCACUCUUCUCGCUUCCUGCCCUGGGCGAGAUCUUCGUAAACGUCACUUCGUACGAGUUGGCCUAUACUCGAGCUCCCCCUAGGAUGAAGGGUCUCGUCUAUGCCUUCUGUCUGUUCACUACCGCCAUCUCAAGCGCCAUUGGACUCGCAUGUUCGGCUGCCGUUACCGAUCCUUAUCUCGUCGAGCCAUAUUGGGUGUUGGCCGCUCUCAGUCUCGCCUGUGGUCUGGACAAGGAAGUCAACUUCUUUGACCCUUCUCUUACGUCCAUCAAGCAGGACAAGGCUGAAGUUGAUGUGGAAGAGACUAGGGAGAAGCGUUAGAUUUCGUGCUGAGGUUGGCAAUUCGAUCGAGUCAUGCUACGAAGUGCCUUAGAUAGAAAGAGAUAAAUUUCUUUCUAACCAGGAUAGCGAAUAUGUAUACUUAAGAUGUCGGCGUCUGAUAUUGAACGACGAGUUCUCGCUCAAUCAUGGAUCCUGGCUGGUGUGACUGG